UUUUAACAGUCUCUUAUGCUUUGGCUCUCUCCCACUCUAACCUCUUUUUUUUUUUUUUUUUUUUUUUUGGUGAGGGAGGUUUUAAACAAAGUAGUACUUUGAUAAGACCUACAAGGAAAUGGACAUAAGUAGAGAAUAACUGGGGGUCUGUUGGAGUGUGUAAUCCAGGUGAUCAGAAAGGUAUCUGAGGAAGUGGCGUUCGAGACGCACCAUAAAGGAUACUCAGAGGAAGCAAGCUGUCUGUAGACACAGAGGAGUCAGGGCCAGCCGGGAGAAGUAGCCAUUGCAAAGACGCUGAGGAGGGGGAGAGCUUGUUGUGUUUCAGGAAAUGAAAGAAGACCAGUGUGGCUGGAAAGGCAGAGAGGAAGAAUGUGGUACGAAUAGGUCUUUGUAAUAAUAACUUGUCUCCUGGCUGUUGUGAGGGUUCUGAGUUAGUACAAAGGGCUUAGAACAGUACUCAGCCUAUUUGAGUGCUAAACGAGAUAGCUGUGAAUACAUGUGUCUAAAAAGGGGAAGUAGCAAUUUAAAAAAUUGGGAGGGGGCUGCACCGGCAUAGAAGUUGGGCAGAAUGCCAUUUGGGGAACAAGUUAUAGGUUAAUAAGCCCGUCAUUAGUAAUUGCUGACAUCAAUAUAAUAAGGGCCUAAGCAUUUACAUGUAAAACGUCACUUGUGUAUUUAACACUUGAGAUGCAAGAGAUGUAAUUUCAGUUUUGUGUCUUAGUAACCAGGGCGGACUAGAUUGUAGGUGUGUCCUGUGAAAGCUGCAGAUAUGGUUUUUGGAAUAUUAAUAAUAGCAAAUACUGAGCCUUGCCUUAAUCUUGUAUUUACUAUACUCCUUUUUUACAUCAGGAAAACCAAGGCACACAGAGGUUUAAGUGACCUGCCUGAGACCGUCUGGCAAGUAAAUGAUCAAGCUGAGAUGCCCAUUAAUGAGUCCACUCCUCUAACCACUAGAAUUCUGAACUUAUUUUCUUGUGAAGUCUCUGUUCUUGGGGGAAAAAAAAAAAGCGCUCUUCCUCUGGGGUAGGGUAGCUCUGAAACCGGCUGAUUUUUGUGACACUAAGUAGUAGAGAGGUGACUGGGCCUUAGGACUUCCUUGGUGUUCUGUCUCUAACACGUGAUUCUGCAGUCCUGGAUUUUACGUCUAGAUAGUGCAAAUGUUGAAUAUUUUCUAUUUAUUUUAAAGUGAUGUUAGUGGUUCCUUUUUCACAGAGAAAUUCUUAAUUACUGCUGGGCACAUUGCAGUCAGGAAUUGAUCCCUUUCUGGCUUCCUUCUGUCAACCAGUAUAUUCAUGAGUCACCUUCCUUUGCCACCUAGCCAGCAAAUGCUUAGGGAUUGGAGUACAUGUUACCCAAUCGAGCCAAAGAGCGAGAAAAGUAAAUUCGUGAGGGGAAUACAUUCAAAUACGAAUAUUCGUCUUGAUGUGUUUAAACCUGUUGAGACAGUUCUGUCAGAGUUGAGGGACAGAUUAAUGAUAGAUAUAUUGGUUUCUUGUUUGCUUAAUUUUUUAAGGCAGUCAUUAUUUCCUUGGGAAAAAAAUACUGAAAAGAAAAAACCUGGUCAUACAACACUAUAUGUCUCUGCAGUGAGUAAUAUUUACAUGGUCCUUAAUAAUGUAAUCUCUGAAUGUUAGUUUGAUCAACAGUGGUGUUAUACAUUUGUUCCAUGGAUAGGGAGAGGGAAUGUGGGGGUAAGGUGAAAAUCCUGAUAUUCUAUAGUGAGAAAGUCUUUUGAUAAUAUUUGUAACCAGAAAAUCAAAUAAUAUGUAGAUAUAUGGAAAAUAAAUACCAUUUUAUAUGUUUGAAUUAUUUCCUAUUAGAUCUCUUGUUUUAAGGAGUCAAGAGUAAACUAUGGCUUCUAAUAAAUUAGAGAUUUAACUUUAUUUCAUAUAAUGUUAAGUAUCUUUUACUGAGAUUUUGUGUAAAUCUGUAUAAAUCUUUUGUGAGUAUUCAUUAUUUUUUUUAAUCUUCGUUUAUUUUUAAGAGAGGGAGAGAGCAUGAGCCGGGGGAAGGGCAGAGAGAGAGGGAGACAGGAUCCAAAGCAGGCUCUGUGCUGACAGCAGAGAGCCUAAUGUGGAGCUCGAACCCCCGAGCCGCAAGAUCAUGCAUGACCUGAGUGAAGUCAGACACCCAACCCACUGAGCCACCCAGGAGCCCUAAGUAUUUAUUAUUUUGUAUGCUGUGAGAGCAAAAGUAGUUUGGUAAAAGGAGAUAUUUAAAAUAUCAGGUCUACCCUAGAAAUAAGAAAUUAACCUCACAUUCUAUUUGGGGCAUAGAUUUAGAAGUGCAAAUGCUUUGUAUAUUUAGAGAAGUAGGUAAGAUACUCUUCCUGUCAUUUAAUUCAAUGAUGCCAUGUCAGACUAAACUCUUCCCUUCCUUUCACCUUUUUGUGCCCAGGUUCUGGAGUUAAUCUGUCUUAUGGGUUAAGUGAGAUUUAAUUGGCUAGUCUGGUCUUUGAGAUAGCUAACCAAGGGUGUUUCGUGUCUUAGUGCGUUCUUGUUCAUAACUCCUGAAGGGCCAUCCUCACAUGAAGGUGCCGUGUUAGGCAAGAAGUAAGGUCAGUAGAGUGGAUCUUUUUCCCUCGGGUGACCCAGCCGGGGUUGCAGUUGAGUUGGUGAACAGCAUGAGAGAACAAGAGCCCUGGGCAAUUUGAGCUACAGAUGGCGACUGGGGUAGUGUUUAAAGAUAAUGAAUUUUGUUUCACUGUAAAAGCGUUAAUGCCAGUGUUGGUGAGGGUGGGAGGAAACCAGGUUGGCUCUUAUGACGAUGGUUAGAAAGUAGCUGGAGGCAGUCUUUUUGAAGGACAUUUAUCAGAAUGAGGUAUAUAUCCCUUUGACCCAGAAGUCCCACUUGUAGAAACUGCAAACAGAAACUUGAAAAACUAUAGCAACAGGCAUGUACUGGAGUGUUCUUUGUGACGUUGUAGUAGCAAAAAGCUGACCAUAAACUACCAGUUCACUAAUGGAUGAUUAAAUUAUGGUACUUUGAUACCGUGCGAGCAUUAAAAGGGGGGAUGGCUUAGAUCUCUGUGUACUGAUCAAGAUGUCCUCCACGUAUUCCAUGGAGAGAGGUGUUUACACAACAGUUAACACUUGUGUGUCUGUGAUGAUAUGAAUGUGUAUAUAUAAAAUAAACUGGUAUAUCUGGGCAGUGAGACUAGCGGGUUAGGGGAUGGGAAGGCCACGUUGGGCCCCACUCACAUUUUAAAAGACAGUUUAGGGAAAAGGCCUACAAGUCAGUGCUUCACCAGAGGAGGUUAUUCAGUUGUAUUGAGAGGUGCACUCAGAACAGCACUCUGCCCUGUGGUGUGGCACCCGAACCCAUCAGUCCUGUUUGACCCCGUGGUACAAACAUGAGAGAGGGAAACUUAAUAGUUUUGUCACCUUUUCGAUGCCAGAUUUUCUUCUAUAUAUACACCCACUGUUGUGUGUGUCUAAGUUUGUUUUCUCUUGUUUUGCUAUAUUUGAUUUUUUUUCACAUUGUUUAAUUAUUCAGGAAGCACGCCUUGUGAGAAAUUUGAUUUUUAAUUUCCUACCUGGACCUCAUAACAAUACAGCUUUUAUUCUCUUACUGUUUAUGCAGAUUUAAUACUCAAACUUUUUUACUUUAAAUUAUUAGACUAGCUUCCCUAUCCUUAUCACUUCCAUACCUCUUAAUUGUACCUGACAAUCAAUUAAAAAAGUUUUUUUUAAUGUUUAUUUCUUUUUCUUUUUAAAAAAUUUUUUUUAAUGUUUGGUUUUUGAGAGACAGAGUGUGAGUGGGGGAGGGGCAGAGAGAGAGAGGGAGGCACGGAAUCCAAAGCAGGAUCCAGGCUCUGAGCUGUCAGCACAGAGCCCGAGGUGGGGCUUGAACUUGCGAGCUGUGAGAUCAUGGCCUGAGCUAAAGUCAGAUGCUCAACUGACUGAGCCACCCAGGCACCCCUGUGUUUAUUUUCGAUAGAGAGACAGAGUGUGAGCAGGGGAGAAGGGAGGGGCAGAGAGAGAAAUACACACAUAGAAUCUGAAGCAGGCACCAGGCUCUGAGCUGUCAGCACAGAGCCCGACACGAGGCUCGAACCUGUGAACUGUGAGAUUAUGACCUGAGCCGAAGUUGGGCGCUCAACUGACUGAGCCACCCAGGCGCCCCAAACCUGUUACUUAUCUCUUUAUAUGUGUAUUGCUUUAAAAAGCCUGAGUCUGUACCACGGUCUUCCCUCAUUUAAUUUUUAUGAAAUCGAGGUUAAGGUGUUACUAAUAUUUGACACCUGCUAUGCCUAAUGAAUGUGGAGUUGCAAAGUGGACAGCAGGUGUUGGUCCUUCAUGUUCUGGAAAAGAACUAGGGAAUCAAGAGGUCCUUCUGACCAGAGCUUUAGAGCAAUGAUUUAUAAUGGCAAACUAAUGGUUUGUACGUGCAUGUGUGUUCUUUUCCCCCUUUCCUUUGGGUUUAUAGGCAUUUAUAUUUGAAUUUCAAAGAACUUGCUUUAAGAAAUUCUUGAGAUUAUUGAUGUUGUAAAAUUACUGUGGGGGAUUCUUGGUCUCUAGAGACACAAAUGCAUAAUUAGUAUGGAGAAGGAAAGGAGGAAGAGUCGUGGCCUGGGUUAUGGACGUGGAUCUUUCCAUAAGUAGCUCCAUGACGUUGAGAUGUGUUGACUGCUUCAUAAAAAGGAAAGGUUGGGGGCACCCGGGACUGUCCAAUUCUUGCUUUUGGCUCAGGUCUUGAUACCACAGUUUGGUUCGUGAGAUAAAGCCCUGAGUCGGGCUCUGCACCGACAGCAUAGAGCCUGCCUGGGAUUCUCUCUCCCCCAUCUCUGCACCCCACCCACAUGCACACACGCGCAUUUUCUCUCUCAAAAUAAAUAAACAAACAUUAAAAAAAAAAAAAAAAAGGAAUGACCGCAUGCCUAAAAUCUCUUCCUGCUCGUUUUCUGUGAUCCAUUGUUUUUCACUUUUCUAUAAUCUUCAUCUGUAGAAUGGGUACCACUGCUUGUAUUUGUUAAUUUUUAUACAACACUUUGCAGUUGUGAUAUACUAUAUGUCACUUGGAGAGUGGCAAAGAAUAUAUUUCCUUUAAAAAUGUCACUGCUGGAGGGGCGCCUAUGUGGUUCAGUCUGUUAAGUGUCCGACUUUGGCUUAGGUCAUGAUCUCACAGUUGGUGAGUUUGAAGAAUCCUCUCUCUUUGCCCUCCCCCCGCCCCUUGUGCUCUCUUUGUCUGUCAAAAAUAAACAUUAAAGAAAAAAAAAGUCACUGCUGAGGCACCUGGCUGGCUCAGUAGAGCAUGCGACUCCUGAUCUCAGGGUAAUGAGUUUAAGCCCCAUGUUGGCCAUAGAGCUUACUUCAAAAAAAAAAAAAAAAGUCACUGCUUACUGUAAAUGAUUCACAUAUGCUUUAAGUAUGUCUGUGGGUAGGGAUUAUUAAACAACUCUGUUUUCAUUGAGUGAUAUUGUAGUCUACGUGUCAAGUAUUAGGGUAAAAACUGCUCUACUGUAUUGAAAACAAAGGAAGUAAAGUUUUCAAAGAUGUUCAGAGAAGAGAAGAACAUUGGAAGCAUGAAAUGCCAAAGAUACUGCAUAAAGCCAUAUUAAAUUUAGCUUAAUAAUACUUACUGAGAAGCCCCUCCCACUAUGUCCUAGGCACUGUUGGCACGUUGAAGAAGCAUACAGCCCAGAAGGGGAGAUAGCAUGUUUUUUUAAAUAGAUAGUUGCAUGAGGAUUUUGCAGAGGGCCACUGGACUCUUUGCAUGUUUCUGUAUCAUUUAUGGGGAAAUUACAUGUUGUCUUUGACUUCACAAAGUUUUCAAGUUCAGGUGCCAUUGUCAUCCUUAAGGUUGUGAUUCAUUUGUUUUUCUCCUCCAGCCUCCUGUGAUUAGGUAGUCUGCCUUUGGAAUGACAGGGUUCUUUCUGGUAGCUUCUUUGACAUGUGGAUAGUGGUUUCAUCUGCCUCCAAACUGAAAACAGGAAAGGUGGAAGUUGUGAUCAGUUCAAAGCUCUGUUCUAAAUAUAUGGAUGUUUGACUAGUUCCCUCACAGUGCAUGUCAACCUUCCAGAGAGGUAGAGUGUAGCUAAAUGUAUACAAUCUUCUGAUUUAAAAAAGGAAGAAGAAGAAAUGGUUUAUGUAUUUUCAGAGAGAGAGCACAAGUUGGGUAGGGGCGCAGUGGGGGUGUGUGUGUGUGGAGAGAAUCCCAAGUAGACUCUCAUGCUGUCAGCGCAGAGCCCAAUGUGGGGCCCAAACUCACUAACCAUGAGCUCAGGUCUGACCUGAGCCAAAGUUGGACACUUUAACCGACUGAGCCACCGAGCAUUGAGAGUAAGCAUGAGGUUACGAUCCUGGGAGGACUCAAUGAAUUUGUAGUGAAGUUUUACGGACCACAAGGAACACCAUAUGAAGGUGGAGUAUGGAAAGUUAGAGUGGAUCUUCCUGAUAAAUACCCUUUCAAAUCUCCAUCUAUAGCCCCCUGAGCAGCUGAAGAAAGUAGAGUAGGAGCCUCAGUGGGAUUGUAUAAAGAGGAUUCAUGAAUAAAAUUUUCCAUCCCAACAUUGAUGAAGCGUCAGGAACUGUGUGUCUAGAUGUAAUUAAUCAAACUUGGACAGCUCUCUAUGAUCUUACCAAUAUAUUUGAGUCCUUCCUGCCCCAGUUGUUGGCCUAUCCCAACCCCAUAGAUCCUCUCAAUGGUGAUGCUGCAGCCAUGUACCUCCAUCGACCAGAAGAAUACAAGCAGAAAAUUAAAGAGUACAUCCAGAAAUAUGCGACGGAGGAGGCACUGAAAGAGCAGGAAGAGGGCACCGGUGACAGCUCGUCGGAGAGUUCUAUGUCUGACUUUUCGGAAGAUGAGGCCCAGGAUAUGGAGUUGUAGUAGAAAAAGCACCUGCUUUUCAGAAAGACUAUUAUUUCCUAACCAUGAGAAGCAGACUAUAAUAUUCAUAUUUAAACAAAGCAAUUUUUUUUAUUACUAAACAAGGUUUUUAUGAAUAAUAGCAUUGAUAUAUAUAUAUUAUAUAUCACCCUUUAGAUCUUGAUUUCCUGGUCAUUUCUCAACCUGAGGUGCAUAGCAUAUCCCCACAUUCCAUUUUGGUAGCAAUAUGCGGUCCGAAUGCAUGCAUUCAUAAGUCCAUUUGGCCAAGUCAGCCUGUGUGCUACUGAACUGUCGAAAGAAACAGCCGCUCUGAUAGAUAGACGUGAGUAAAAAUAACAGGAAAAAGUGGCUUCUUUUAUUGAUGGUUCCAAAGAAACAAACCAAACCAACCAGCUCUUGGACGUGAAGAUAGAAUAUAGCGCUUUUUCAAAAACGGUCGGGAGGAACUGGGCGGGGAGGAAGGCCUGCACCUGCUGUGGGAUCACCUAGAGCCGCCACGGCAGAUCCCCAACCGCUCCUUCCCGGGAAGCCUUGGUGGCCCCGUUUCCGCGGAGUAACAGUUUAAAACAGGGAGCUAAUUGGAGUAUUGAAACCUAACAACAAUUUUUUGACUCUGGAUUUUAAGUACAUUUUUAUAUGUAGAUUCCUGCCCUUCUCGCUACCAGGCCCCGCAGCCGCAAGUGUUUUGCUUUGGAGAACCUUUUGGAAGUGUUUUCUGAACCUGAUUCUUUUUCUUGGGGGUAGAGCUUAUAAUCCAUACCUUUUUGAGAGGACAGGACAGGAGGAGAAGAGAAGUUGUUUCGUCUCAUCCGACACGUGCAGAGUCACAUCCCCAUCCUGUUGGCCACUUUGGGACUGCUACCCUGGACUGAGAGCUUUAAAUUGGAGGGUGGUUGUGGGUGUUUUUAUGUUGUUGUUGUGGUUGGGGCUUUUUUUUUUUUUUUUUUUUUUUUUUUUUUUUUUUUUUUUUUGGUGUGUGUGUGUGUGUGUGUGUGAAUCGUGCUUAGACAAGGUGCAAAUUUAAUCUUCACCAAGAGAUGGCCUCCUCCUUGGGCAGCCACUCAGUGGACCAUUAGACUCGGCAAGAAGACCCGUCUGGUGGCUGUGACUCCUGGGUGCUCUCGUUCAUGUUUUGGGUUUGUUUUCUCUUCUGCUGCCGCUCUUGGCAGCAGCCUGGUCAUCAUCUGCUCGUGGGAGUGGGAAAUGGGUAUUUUAGACCCAACACACAUUCUAAAUUUAAAAUGAGUAAUAAUUGGAACAAAUAAAGGUCCUUGUACCCAGAGUGACUCUGCAUGGGAAAAAAACAAACCGCUGUUUUCAGAGUGUGACUGGAUAGGAGGGAAGAUUCGGAAAUGCGAUGUGGUAGAACAGGUUUUGAAGGAGGAAAAUGUUCUCUCCUGUAAGCGUUAAGAGGAAAUCAGACAGUUGAAAAUGCCUGCUAAUCAAAUGUUUACUCAGCUAACCAUAGGUCCAGGUUGCCGGCAGGGUUUUCUUCAAACAGGAGUGUUGCCUGCUGAAUUUGGAGAACUUUAGACAGCAAGUCUGUAUCCCUUUUUUGCCACAACCAAUAGGACAAUAGCAGAAUUAGCCAAUCCUAAAACUUUCUCAAGACAAUUUUUGAGUGUCCCACCGGGAUGAUUUUUCUUUCUGAUGUGUGUCUUAGUUUAGAAGUGCUAACUAUUUCACAAGGUUUGAGUCCGUGAGGUUGGAAGAUACCCGAUCUUUUUUUAUUCAAAAAGCACAAUCAGUCUUUUCUUUAAAAAGCUAUAUAAAGUACAACUUGCUCUUAGCAUGAUUAUUUUCCUAAAUAAAAGACAAAGAAUUUACUUAUGUUAAUUACGGGCAUGAAGCAAAAGGUUUCCUUAAAAGAGAAAUUUUUUUUAAAGUGCAGUUAUGUAGGGCUGUGGUUAGUUAACCGUACUGAGUUAUCUAUCUAGCAUUUGUGGCUUGUUGGAGGGGUAGUGUUAACUAUUUAACAUGGAAUGGUGUGCUUUAACUCUUUUCUAGCGCGUUGUCUUCUCAUUACUUUGGGGGAGGGAGGGUCUCUGCUGGCACUAACCUGCUUACCUGCUGAAUUAGCAGCUUGCUUGUGCUAUAACCGUUUAAAUUGUAGGUGCGACUUAGGGUAGGCUUUAAAGUGCCGGGUGGUGAUUUGAGUUCAAACAAUAAAAAAUUGUAUUUUUUCAAUAUUGUAUAAACAAUAGUGUUCUAAUUACCUUUCAAAAAAAAAAAUAAUGUCCAGAUAAUAAUUGCUUUUAAUCUUGUAAAAAAAAACAAAAAACAAGCUAGUAGAGCCAAGUUUAGGGGAAUGUGUGUGAGCCACAGCUCUGCUCCCCAACUAGAUCCGCUUUUCUCGAAUAAAAAGACAUCACAGCUCCCCGCCGACGGAGCGCUCUGGCACUGGGAGCCUGGUGGUGUGGAAUUCUCAGACGAAGACGUGUUGGGGAGGUUGCAGGGCUUAAGAAGCAGAUCUGAGUGUCGCAUGGCUGUAGCACGUGUGCGUGUGUGUUUGUCCAUCCAAGUCUGUCUGAUGAAGAUGUGAUGAGGCUCCCUGUUAGCACAAGGAGGCUCCUGGAAUUGCUACCCAAAUCACGCUGUACCCUCUCAUUCUGUGCAAAUCUGUCCUUUCUGGGCGCUCACCUUGGUCCCGUGCAUGUUUUGGGCUCUGUGUGGGGCUUUCCCUCUCCUCUGAGAAACCGGUUUUUGAUAAGUCGGACAGAAUCCCUUUCUAUGCUAACUUUUGUCCCUUCCUGUACCUGGGAGAGGGAGGCUGGAGGCGGAGACCAUGCUUCUAGAUACAGCGGGAGCUAGAAGGCGGCCUGGCUGUGAAUCAGAGGACUCUGGGCCCCCAGUAAUAGAUGAGAUGCAGUAAGGCAGGGGGGUGUCACGGCACCAAAAGCUUUUCCAGGUUUCCCAUCAUUAAUGCUCAGAAGAGCACCCAGAGCCCCUCAGAAAGGCUGAACAUUAUUGCUUUUAAAGGUGGUGGUCGUAGGUCGGAGUUGCUUCUGGCAGGUUCCCUCCCUUUCUCAGCGUACCCAUGGUUCAUUUUGAAGUCUUACCUUGUGGUUUGACCAGCGCAAGCCAUCCUUUGCCCCCGUUCAAAUGGCCGAGCUCAAGCUCGCGCCAAAAGCGACGAGCGAGGUGGCCGCAGCCCGCAGCACGUGACCGCUGCCGUCCUGCAGCCCCAGCGCGGGGGCCUGGUGGGUUGCAUUCAGUGGUAGCCAGGCUAGAUGCUGGCGGUUUGCUCGUGUGUUUUCAACCUUCUCGCCCUCCCUGAGGUUCCUGUGCGGUUUCAACCAGCAUUUUAUACUAGUGAGAUCGUUACCAGAAGUUGCCGUAUCUGUCUCCAGUACCUAACAUUGUUCUUCCACUUGAGAAGCCGUUCUCAUUGCCAACUGGCUGAUCUAGGCUGCUGAGGAGUGUCUCCCCUCGAAGGAAUUAUUUUCCCUGGAAAUGCUCUCUCAAGCCCUGGUCGGCCUUGGCCUGACACUUGCUUUUUAUUAGGCCUCCUGUUAGGAUGACUGAGAAUCAUGAAAGACAGGUCCUCUGCUAGCCUUCAUGGGUGAAGUUUCUAGACCCCAGCUUUCUGGGAACUGGUGUUUGAUUUUGAAUGGCAGACGGCCCUUCUAUGUUCUAGGGACUCAAUUAGAAGAGUGAAAGCCAUUAACAAAAGUUAGCAAGAGUUCUUUUUUAUUUCAUCAACUUCCUAACUGGGUUCAUAGCCGCCUUGACUAAAAUCAAAUCCUUUCUCAUUGGGCGCAAAGACCCGCAUUUCUCUGGACUUCUGAAUCCAUGUUCCUAUUUUCUCUGGCCACUGAACACCUUGGUGGUUCCGUCAGGGAUUGGCGUGGAGGCCCCUUGGGGAGGGGGAGUUAGCGGCCCUCGGCUGUUCAGGUUCUCCACGCAACCUGAGGAGGGGCCAGGACUCCAUUCAGCAAAUACUGUCUUGGCUGUGGGCUUGGGAAGAAAUGGCCAUUAUUUACUGAUUGUAUUUGGUACAUAUUGUGUGAUACUUGAAGAGAUAAAAGGGACUUACCAGCCCUUAAUUGAAAUCUAAGCUUUUUCUCGCUUAUUUUUUUCCUUGCCCUUUCUCCUCCCUUCCACCUUUUUCCUUGCAUUGUGAUGAUCUAGCGGGCACUUCUGUCAACAGGACAAAUGCCGCCUCUGACUAUAACCUCUUAAUAGUUGUGUAUAAUGAAAACUGUAAACUUUUUUAAAUAAAAUGUGUAUAUACCUUGGCAAAUGGCUGGACUUUGAUCAAUAAGAUAAUAGCCUCCAUGACUACUUUUAAAAACACUCUCCCUGUUCGUCUGAUGACUGAGCAGCAGAAGUUGGCUUUUCCUUUUUCUUUUUCUUUUUUUUUUUUUUUUUUUACUGAGAAGCUCCCCCCCCCCCCACUUCCCCCCACCAUUGACUGAGAAGCUCUUACAAAGGCAGAUGACUGGAUUAGUUUGGGAAAGGAGUGUCGCCUUUAUAGACAGUAGGAGGCCCCCACCUCCGCGGAGUCCUCAGUACCUGGAGUAGCAGGUGACUGAUGACUACAAACAGGGCUGGCUGUGAGGCUUCUUCACGGCCUUGAAGGCCUUGAAAGGCCAUGUCUUCUCGAAGGUCUUGGAGCCUAAAAGACCCCACCUGCCCUCAUGUGGAUCAGCACGCAUGGCUUCCAUUUUGCUGGUCAGCCCAAACCUUCUAGACACUGUCAGCUAAUGCCGAGUGAAGGGUGCCCACUUGGCCUGGAGUUCACAGGCAGUGUAGCUUCCUGCUGCCUAAACAGGUGCCCCGCUGUGCCAAAUGCCAGUGUACCCCCCCCCCCCGGGAAGGGGUGAGGGAAGGGUGGGCACGGUGGGUUUUGCAUCAGAAGGGGAGCCCUGGCGCAGCAUUUCUACUCCUUUCUAAAGCAUGCGCCCUCAAUGGCCACCAGGUGGCGAUGUUGCCUAGUCUCCUGGAAAAUCGUCUUGGCCGGAUUUAAGACAAAGGGAAGACUUGGUCACAUGCUUUUACUCCCCCAGCCCUCUUCUGUUUUCUUCUGCUUCCUCACUUUCCCCAGAAAAGUUUUAUUCCUCACUGAAUCCUAAUGUGUUCUCCAGUAGGCUGAGCUUUAUAUCUGCCCGGGAGAGGGAGGGUAAGGCCACCUAGGAAUGGUGCUCUGCUGGGAGUAAGCACACUAAGCUCUCCUGGGACAAGGAAGCCCUCAAGCUACCCCCAGUGCUCAGAAGCAAAACAUUCCACAGGUUUGCAGGUGAUGCUCACUGACCCCUCAGCCGGGUGUAGUGGGUCAACCAUUGCUCUGAGUUCCCAUCCCGCCUUUUCAGUCACUAGCUCCGGGGUCUCUGAGCUCUGCCGGCCUGGCCUCCGGUUCGUUUCUAAAAUGAGCCUCAGCUAGUAAGUUCUGACUCCCACCCGUCUGCAACUCAGGAUUCCGUCCAGUCUCUGAAACAAUACGGAUAUGGUUACAAUAUAUCGGGAUAUGGUGUCCUGAGAGGAUAUUCUGGCAACCCAUGAAACACUGAUGUUUCAAGAUCAGUUUGGGGACCCAAACGGCUUUCUUUGGGAGUUUAGAACAUCCAUUUUCACUUGAAAGGAGAAGAGAUGUAUCGGUCCUAUGAACGGUCUAGUCUAUCCAUCUCACACGAGGGAGCUGCUUUAAAAACUCCCUGAGGCGUCUCAGUGCACUUGCUGGGGUUUGGGUCCCUCCCUUGCUCCCCAGUAAUCUCACCCAGUGCCACUCUUGCCUCCGCCUCAGUCUAGCCCAGCCCAGCUCCUUCCCAGGCAGCAGCUGGCUUUCCACUGCCUGCCUAAGGCAUUACCCUUUUCCUGGGAUGGGGGACCCAGGCUUUCUGAGGUAUAUUGUCCUAGAAAAGAACUGUGGGCUCAGAGCCCCAGAACUUUUUAUCCCCUUAAAUUCUCUUGCCAUCUCACAAGCCUGCUUUCUAUCCCAGGGAAUGAGUUCCCGUGACUCUAGACCCUGGUGUUUCUUGCUCCCCACCCGGAACCAGGGCAAAGAAAGUUUUUGUGGAUCCCACAAUCCCUGGCUCUGCAGAGGCCCCGGAGCCGCCUGAUAGACUGAGCAGGCUUGUUUAUGAGGCGCCCACAGGCUUCUCGGAGAGCCAGAUCCCCAGAUGAACCCAGCAUGAUCCACCUGGGGCCAGCCCUGCUCCCCUGUGCCUCGUGUAGGGUUUGUGCAUCCAGAACCUCUUAGAACUGAAGGGUUGCCCUGACAAGGGAUUUAAUGGUAGGCUAAAGAUACAGGGAUAUUUCCCUUCGGCUCCUAGGACCUGAGGUCAAGUGGUCAGGGCAGGCAGGGUCAGACUUGGGCUCCCUACGAGAGAAAUGGCCCUCCUGGCUGGCCAGCCAUUGAUGAUUAACCAGGAGAAGGAACCUUUGGGUCUCGCUCGCUUCACUUCCUGUGGCCCCUCCCAGCUAAGAACACAACAAGCAGCUCCCUUUAAGAAGCUUCAGCCCAGAUUCUGUUCUCUUCAGUUCUAUAAACAGGGAAUCAAGUGCCUGCUCUAGUCCAUUAAUACGCACUUAAAAUGUGUGGAACGAAGCUUUUAAAGACGCGGUUCUAAAGAUUUCAAAAGAAUUGUGUCCUGGUAACAAAUCAUUCCAGAAACGUGUGAAAGUCUUCCUUAAAGCCUUCCUCCGGCGGUAACGCGAAGAUAAUGGUGACCUCAGCCUUGGCUGAAGAGGGCUUUCCCUUACGAUCCUCCCCCUGGCCUUGGGAGCCCCUAGGGAAGUAGACCCGGACUUGGCCCCGUUUCACAGGAGCUGCUUGUGAGGCACCAAGAGACAAGCACACAGAUAGCGAGUGGCCCAAGCAAUGCUGGCCAAGUCUCGAGGCCCUAAGCGAGUAUUCUGUGUGUUCACACUGUGCCAAGCCUGGUGCCACACCCGUGGGGACCGCGGGCACCAGUGUCUGUGUGAGCCUCCUCCCGCCAUGGGGGGCCCCUGUGAGGUGCCUCCAGGUUGACCCAGUGAGCCUAACGCUGUGAUUUCUGUCAAGGGAUCCCUCCCACGGGCUUGGGCCCUGAAGGUCAGGUCUUUGCCCACACACAUCCCCACGGUUCACUGGGGCUGCAGAGGAGUCACAAUAUGCAAAACGCCAAGUUAGCCCAACCCACUCCCUAGAGCAAAUAUAGAAUUAGAAUGCCAGGGACACAAUUUAAAACUUCCUACGGGCGCCUGGGUAGCUGGUCGGUUUGUGAGUUCAGGCCCCCCCCUUGGGCUCUGACAGGGCGGAGCUUGCUGGAGAUUCUCUCUCUCCCUCUCUCUGGCCUUCCCUGUUUGCGCUCUCUCUCAACAAUUAAAAAAAAAAAAAAAAAAAAACCACAAAA